CUCCAGUGGAGCCUGAAGGAAUCACUUGCUUAAACCAGCAUUUCCUCACCAGCUUCAUAUUGUCCAGUGGCGUGGUAGGCUUGAAGAUGGCAGGUGGCAGCAUUCCUACUCUCCAUUCUCUGGAGAAGCCAGAAAACUUCAAGGAUGUCCUUCGACGGGAUCAAGGCGACGACUGUUUGCCUUGCAGGCUCAUAGGAAGCGGAGCUUUCUUUGGUCUAGCAGGCUACAGCUAUUUUUCAGGCAUGUCACAGCUCCAAAAGCAACAGGCUCAAAUCCUCCAGAGCAAGUCGAUAUUUGGGAUGCGCAGCCGCAAGGCCGGCAUUGCCUCUAUUUCCUUUGGCCUGGCUUGGAUGGGACUAUGGAGACUCAUGAAC